UCUUCCCGCUCCGGGGCCUCCAGGAAUCCCAGCUGUUGCCGGAUCUGGGGGAGUAGAUAUGGGGAGCGGGGGGCGGGAGCAGAACCCCUAGCCUGUUAGGCCUCCUUCGCCAAGCAGCCCCGUCGGGCUCUGAGGAAGUCAUUCCUAAGGUCUAGCUGGUGUCCCUCCUGCUGUGCGCUCAGCUUCUGAUGGGGGACGGGGUACAGGAAGGAGGGCCCGCUCUUCAGCAGGGAGCCAGUCAGCCUGGCUCCACCUUCCCCCUGUUCAGGGUCCUACUUGGAGCUCCCGGCCCCCAGCCCUGCCCCGAGCGUACCUGUGAAGGCGGGGGUCCCUCCGUAACGCAGGGCUGGGCCCCGGAUCCGCAGCCUGAGAGGUCGCCUGGGGAGAGAGAAGGCGGGGCGGUGAGGACUCAGAGGGGCCUUAGGUGCCCUGGGCCUGGAUUCCUGGGUUCCCGCCAGAGGAGGUGGGGGAAGAGGCCACUCACGUAGGCUCCGAGUAUAGAGAUACAAAAGUAGCAGCGCGAGAAUGGCAAGAGGAAUUGCAUGGCGGAGCCAGCGCCUGGAGACCUGUGGAGGCAGCACGACCCCCAUGGGUGCUGCUGGGACCACCGCCCCUCACCAGCUCCCACCCAGUCCUUAUCCCUCCGCCUCCGGGAAGGAAGAGAAGCCGGCGGUGCACUGAGGUGCAAGGGUUAAUAAUUAACGGAAGGCCCCUUACCCUGUGCCCUUUGCCCCAGAGGGCAGCACCUCAGGGGUGAGAAACCAGAUUAAGAGGAUUUGGGAAGGUCCGUGGCCAUGACAGGUCUCUGUAUCUCCCUUCCUUAUAGGAUCAGGUUGUAGGAAGAGGCAGCCUGGGUAUCCGGAAGGGAAGCUGGGGUCAGAACCAGCUCGAAUACUGAGCAAUGACGCGUGUCCUAAGAUAACUCUGGGCUUGAGUUCCUUCCACUGUAAAUUGAGGAUAAUAAUAGGUGCUUUGCCAGGAUUAAAUGAUAAUGUACGUGUAAACACUGUAAAUGGAAAAGCUUACCACAAUUGCUCCAUAAAUCUUACCUGUAAAGUUCAAGCACAGGGCACCCACUUCUAAAUUCUCUAGCCUGUCCCCACGGGACCUUGUCUUGAUCUAGACACUUGAUCUCUUGAUUGUUUACUUUAGGCUUUAUCCACCAUGCCCUCACCAGCUCCUACCCAGUCCUUGUCCCAACUCCAGGUUGGUUCCUCUAUUAUUUAUCAAACACACCUUUAUUAAGUACUUCCACAUGCCAGGCCCUGAUUAGGCCUCAAGAAGACAAACAGCCUUCAUAGAGCUCAAGGUCCAAUGGAGACUUUAUAAUCUGUUUCCCCCACUGGAAUGUGAGCUCUGAUGAAUCUUGUUUUACUUGGUUGCAGCUCUAUUUACAGAAUUUAGAAUAUUACCUGGGCCAAAGUACAUUAUUGCGACAUAAGUAUCCUAUAUCAUAAAAGCGUAGUAAGCAAAUUGUCCCCUCCACUGGGAGUUCGUAGGGAGUUCAGCCAGGUGGCGGGCCAGCCAGGGGAAGGGAGGGCGACACCCAGCCCCCACCAGCCAGCAGCCACUAGGGACCCUAACAGUGCACGAAUUUCGUGCACUGAGCCUCUAGUAUGUUAAUAAACAAAGAAAUGUGUAUUAGGAGCAGGCAAAUCAAGGGUAGUACCCCAGAUGACAAAUUUGCGUGUGUUUUUUUUUUGGGGGGGAGGGGCUUGGUUUUGAUUUUUGCAAAUUAGGAGUCCACCUAGUGGCCAUGGAGGGGGUACAUUCAGAGAAAGGAUACAGGAUGCAAUCAAAUAAACAAUAUCUCCUGUUCUUAGCCCGCAGUCCAUAAACUUCUUAGAAUUGCCCCUGUCUCUGUGUAUAUUUUCUUCUUGGGGUGAGGGAGAGUACCCCGGAUUCUCAAGAAGUCAGGACCCCAAUCUCUACGAAGACUCCUCCUAGCUCCCGCAGUUCAUGGAUUCUUGCCCUAUCUCUCACUCUGAUGCUCCCUUGAAUCUGGGAGGUCCCUGAGUUUGCUACUGACCAAUGCUGUCCCGUGGGACUCGGAGCCUUCACUUCCAUCCCUAGCCUUGGGCUUCCCAUUUCCCAGCGUCGAAGUGUUUCUCAGCUUGGCUGACGGUGACCUUAGGCAAGUUGCUUGCCAUUUCUGAGCCCCAGCUCCCUCAUCUACAUAAUAGGAAGGCUUAUUCCCACCUCCUAAAAUUGUGAGGGUUAAAUAGAACACGCCUGCAAGACGCUAACCACAGCUGGUGGCCUGUAGUAAAAGUCCAGUGGAUGGUGGUGGUUUCAGCUUGUCUGCUCCUGACGCCCCUCCUCCUCUGGUGCUGGGAGCACAGGUCUCCCUGAGCAGCAAAUCAGGUCUGCAGGGUUCUGGGAGCGGGUGACUUUUUGGUGUCACUUCCGCAAUCGGAUCCCUCCUGGGGCAGAGGUGGUAUAAACCUGCUGAAGGGGCCCUGGCUCGCAGAGGCUGCGGAAUGGAGCUCGGCGCGGGAGCCAAGCUGCUGCUGCUGUGGGCGACGUGCUGCGGGCACGCCCGCGCGGUUGGUUCCAGCCGCUACAUCAUCGAGGUGACCAACGGGGGGCCCUGGGGCGACUGGACCUGGCCCGAGUGGUGUCCUGACGGGCUUUUCGCCAUCGGGUUCUCCAUCAAGGUGGAGCCCCCGCUAGGCAUUCCUGGAGACGACACGGCAAUGAACGGGAUCCGGCUGCACUGCUCCCGUGAGCGCUCAGUGGAGUCCGAGUCUGGAAGGUGGGGCGCAUGGAGCGAGCCGCAGUGGUGUCCCCACGGCCACUUCCUCGUGGCUUUCUCGCUCCGCGUGGAGGCACCCGAGACCCUUGGCGACAACACGGGCGCGAACAACGUGCGCUUCCGCUGCUCCGACGGCAGGGAGCUGGAGGGGCCUGGCCUGGACUGGGGGGACUUCGGAACCUGGAGUGAGGCGUGUCCUAAAGGCAUAUGUGGUUUGCAGACCAAGAUCCAGGGGCCUAGAGGCCUCCUCGAUGACACCGCGCUUAACGACGUGCGUUUUUUCUGCUGCAGCCGCUGAUCCCUCUGCGGUCCUCUCCCGGCCCCACCCCCGCUGCCCCACCUUCCGUAUUAAAGCUUCCCCGUCCUGG